AUGGUCCACAUUGACCUUUACCUGAAGGGAGAGCGCAACUAUGUCAAUAUCACAGGUCCCACAGGUCCUUUAGUAUAUCCAGCUGGACAUGUUCAUAUUCAUCGCCUUCUUCAUCUAAUCACAAACGGUGGUCGUAAUGUUGCGCAAGCCCAACAGAUUUACGGCGGCCUAUACGUAUUAUCCAUCGCCCUCCAAAAGGCUGCAUUCUAUCUUCGUUCUCCGCCUAUUCAACGACUGCUGGUCAUUAAUCUUCGUGCAAGCAGCGAUUCUCGCAUUCCAGAGCGCUUGGGAUGA